UACAACUGACUGUGCAACUUUUUUUUACAACAACGCGAGAGAAAUCCUAGGAGUUCAUGCCUAAUCGAUUCAACAAGACAAAUCAGUUCUUUGAAAAGUUGAUGGAGAAGCAAGAGGUUGGUGGAUCUCAGAAUCAAACCACGGGUAAAAGGACUGCUUCAGAAUCUGGAGGGAACAAUGAUGAAAUUCAAAAUUCCGAAACACAAAAACAUCCUAUGGGCAUGACUGAUAUAUCAACUCAAUCCCAAAUUGGUGGUGUGAAGAGAAUGGGGGAACUGGACAAUGGACCUAAUAGAAACCUGGCUAUUGGAGUGGGCUUGGACCGUAGACUUAGACCAGGAGUUUGGAAGGUUUACACCAGGAAGAAGACAAAGGUAGCAAAGGAGGAUGGCAUGGAUGAGAAGGAAUAAUCAUCUAUCUUUCUGUUAUGAUUUUAUGGGGUCACCUUGGAUGAUUUUGGGAGCCUAUGUGCUUUUGGGGUUGAUAGUUUUCACUAUCAAUUGUUAUUUUCCAUUUACAUUGUCCUUAUCUCCUGUAAUUGUGGAUCUAAGCAUUACAAUUCAGAGUUUUUAUUAUAAAUUCA